CAGAGAGAGAGAGAAAGCAGAGAGUGCGGAUGUAGGAGGUGGUUCUUAGACAGACAGAGCUGCUUAGUCCUGCCUCAUUUGGCUCCUCAGCCUGCAGAUCAUCUGGCAUCACCAAACCCUCCAGACCCUCGGAGCCCCCGCAGCCCAGUCGGAGGCUCUCCGCUCCUACUCUGCCGCAUCCAGCCGCAUCCAGCUACAUCACCUCCACCCGUGCGCACAUAGACACGUUCCAGGCUGAGGGUUUGUCUCUCUCUCUCUUGCUGUCACUCUCUUUCUCAGCAGGCAGAAUGAGUGUGGAGAGGCUGGGCAAUGUUCUUUCUGGUGCAUGGCAUGGUGGCAACGCGACAUGGCCCCUGCACACCCGCCCGCUGCUGCAGCCCGCGUGGGACUACCUGCAGCGCCACCAUGAGGGCACACUGCGCUCACCGCUCUUCCCUGCACUGCUCUCCAUCUUCACCUACCUGCUGCUCGUGCUAUUCUACACCGUGCUGGAUCUGCUAGCACCUACCUGGCCCAGCAUCCGCCGCUACCAGAUCCACCCGGAGCGUACCGUCACCUGGCAGAACAUCGGUGCCACGCUGGCCCUCACCACCUACAAUCACCUGUUGUACAUCUUCCCGGCAGCGGUGGCCCAGUGGCUGUGGCGGCCACCGGUGCCUCUCCCACCUGAAGCCCCAUCGCUCACCGCCUUCUUGCUGGGCAUUGUGGGCUGCGUGGUAUUGUUCGACUUCCAGUACUACCUGUGGCAUGUGCUGCAUCACCGGAUCAGCUGGCUCUACAGCACAUUCCAUGCCAUCCACCACCAGUACCGGCAGCCGUUCAGCCUGGUCACGCAGUACUUGUCCGCCUGGGAGCUCUUCAGCGUGGGGCUUUGGACCACGGUGGAUCCCGUGCUGCUGGGGUGCCACUGUCUCACUGGCUGGGCCUUCAUGAUCUUCAACGUGUGGGUGUCGGCGGAGGACCACUGCGGUUAUGACUUCCCCUGGGCCCUGCACCGCCUGGUGCCCUUUGGUCUGUGGGGGGGUGUCCAGCGGCAUGACAUCCACCACCUCCAGCCAGGCACCAAUUUCGCGCCAUUCUUCACACACUGGGACUGGCUGGCUGGCACUGCCUGUGCUUCCACCACCAAGCCUCCCCGUGCAGAGACCGAAGAGGAUGAGAGUGGUGACAGCACGAAGGCAAGCGGACAGCGGGCGGAUAACGGAGCCUGAGAGACUCUCUCUCUCUCUCGCUCUCUCUCUCUCUCACUCUCACAGCCUCACUCCCUCUCCAACAGCACCUGUUUUG